UUCCAUCCCACUCAAACAACGAACUCUAUAUAUCUAAGCCCUGAGAUACGCACCUACGCACGCUCUUCCCGGCCACAUUAUCCGGCCAUUGAAAACCAGUGUGAGCGGUGGAGCGCAGCGGAGGAUGGAGGCGGCGGACACGGGGAUUAUGAGAGGAGGGAGCAUCAGAGGGAGCUCCAGGGCAAACAGCAACUCCAUAUGGAGGAACUCCGGCGUCGAGGUCUUUUCCCGGGCGUCUAGAAACGAGGCCGACGAUGAGGAGGCUCUCAAAUGGGCGGCGCUGGAAAAGCUCCCGACGUUUGAUCGCCUGAGGAAAGGGCUCAUGUUCGGCUCCGACGGGCGGGCGGCGGAGGUAGACAUCGACCACCUCGGGUUUCAGGAAAGACAGGCUCUGCUUAAGAGGCUUGUGAAUGUUGCUGAUGAGGACAACGAGAAGUUCUUGUUGAAACUCAGGAACAGAAUAGACAGAGUGGGAAUUGAUCUGCCAACCAUUGAAGUGAGAUAUGAGCACCUAAAUGUGGAGGCAUAUGCUUAUGCAGGCAGCAGAGCUUUGCCUUCCUUCAUCAACUUCUUUACCAAUUUCAUUGAGGAUUUACAGAAUACCCUUCACAUCACCAAAAGUAAAAAGAGGAAGAUUACGAUUCUCAAUGAUGCUACUGGAAUUAUCAAGCCGUGCAGAAUGACACUGCUAUUAGGACCUCCAGCAGCUGGCAAGACAACACUUUUGUUGGCCCUGGCUGGAAAACUUGAUAAAGAUUUGAAGGUGGGAGGAAAAGUGACAUAUAACGGGCAUGAGUUGAACGAAUUCGUGCCUCAAAGAACGGCUGCUUACAUUAGUCAAUAUGAUCUGCAUAUUGGAGAAAUGACUGUUCGAGAAACCUUGGAGUUCUCUGCUAAAUGUCAGGGCAUCGGCUCUCGCUAUGAAAUGUUGGCAGAAUUGACUAGAAGAGAAAAGGCAGCAAAUAUCAAGCCUGAUCAUGAUAUCGACGUUUACAUGAAGGCUGUAGCUACUGAAGGACAAGAAGAAAAAGUCUUCACUGAUUAUGUUCUUAAGAUUCUGGGGCUGGAAGUUUGUGCAGACACAAUGGUGGGUGACCAAAUGAUACGAGGUAUAUCAGGUGGGCAAAAAAGGCGCGUGACCACCGGUGAAAUGCUUGCUGGACCAGCUAAAGCUCUUUUCAUGGACGAAAUCUCGACAGGGCUCGAUAGUUCCACAACCUUUUCAAUCAUUAACUCGUUGAGGCAAUACGUGCACAUUCUCAAGGGCACUGCUGUCAUUUCCCUACUCCAACCAGCACCAGAAACCUAUAAUCUCUUUGAUGAUAUUAUUCUUUUAUCAGAUGGUUAUGUCAUUUACCAUGGUCCUCGUGAGGAAAUACUUGACUUCUUUGACUAUAUGGGGUUCAAAUGCCCCCAAAGAAAAGGCGUGGCAGAUUUCUUGCAGGAAGUGACAUCCAAGAAAGAUCAACAACAAUAUUGGACUUGCAGAGAUGAGCCUUAUAGAUUUGUGAAGGCCAAGGAAUUUGCUGAGGCUUACAAAAACUUCGAUGUUUGGAAGAAGAUGGAGGGUGAGCUUUCGGUCCCAUUCAAUAAAACGAAAAGCCACCCUGCUGCAUUGACAAAGCAGAAAUAUGGUAUAGGGAAGAGGCAGCUCUUGAAGGCUUGCACUGAACGGGAGUAUCUGCUAAUGCAAAGAAACUCAUUUGCUUACAUCUUCAAGUUCGUUAAGCUGUUGGUGAUAGCUUUCAUUUACAUGACAAUAUUCUUGCGAACUGAAAUGAAGAAAGAUAAUGAGAUUGAUGGUGGGAUUUACCUCGGUGCCCUAUGCUUCAGUGUGGUUAUGAUUAUGUUCAGUGGUUUUUCUGAGAUUUCAUUGAAUAUUUAUAAGUUACCGGUGUUUUACAAGCAAAGAGACCUCUUGUUCUUUCCUCCGUGGGCUUAUGCUAUUCCUUCAUGGAUCCUCAAAGUUCCUAUUACGAUCGUUGAAGUUGGUAUCUGGGUGUUUGUUACUUACUAUGUCAUUGGUUUGGAUCCAAAUGUGGGCAGGGUGUUCAAACAUUUCCUGAUAAUGAUAAUGUUGAACCAAAUGGCUUCUUCAAUAUUUCGACUUAUUGGAGGUCUAGGUAGAAUUAUGACCGUUGGAAACACAUUUGGAUCCGUUUGUUUGCUUUUGUUGUUUUCUUUGUGUGGCUUUGUGCUCUCUCGAGAUAGUGUGAAGAGCUGGUGGAUUUGGGGCUACUGGUCUUCACCACUCACGUAUGCUAUGAAUGCAGUUCUUGUAAUUGAAUUUAAAGGAAAAAGUUGGAGACAUUUUGCCCCGGGUGGUUCUGAAUCAAUUGGUGAUGAAGUUAUGAGAUCUAGAGGAUUCCUUCCUGAGUCAAAAUGGUAUUGGAUAGGUGUUGGAGCACUUUUCGGGUUCAUGAUUCUCUUCAAUGUUUGCUACACACUAGCUCUUCAAUAUCUUGACCCACUUGGCAAGAUCCAAGCAAUGAUAUUAGAUGAUGAAAACAAUGAAAUCGCUUCUAUUCAAAACACCACUCAACAAUUGUCCAGUGUUGGUAGUGCUAAUAGAGGAAUGAUUCUUCCAUUCGAACCCCAUUCACUCACGUUUGAUAAUGUUGUCUACUCAGUCGACAUGCCACUAGAAAUGAAAGAGCAGGGUGCCAACGAAGAUAGAUUAGUUCUUUUAAAAGGUGUAAGUGGAUCAUUCAGGCCUGGUGUUCUCACUGCUUUGAUGGGUGUUAGUGGGGCUGGGAAAACAACUCUGAUGGAUGUCUUGGCUGGAAGAAAAACGGGUGGUUACAUUGAUGGAGAUGUAAAAAUAUCCGGAUUUCUUAAGAAACAAGAAACCUUUGCCCGAAUUGCAGGAUAUUGUGAACAAAAUGACAUCCAUUCUCCUUUUGUCACAGUUCAUGAGUCCCUUAUUUACUCAGCCUGGCUACGUUUACCAGAAAAUGUGGAUGCUAGUACUAGAAAGAUGUUUGUUAAUGAAGUAAUGGAGUUGGUUGAAUUGACUCCAUUGAGAUCUCAUCUUGUUGGUUUGCCUGGUGUUAAUGGUCUGUCAACUGAACAACGUAAAAGGUUGACAAUUUCAGUUGAGUUAGUUGCAAACCCAUCAAUUAUAUUUAUGGAUGAGCCCACUUCAGGGCUAGAUGCUAGAGCUGCAGCUAUUGUGAUGAGAACUGUGAGGAACACUGUCGACACAGGUAGAACAGUUGUUUGCACAAUUCAUCAACCGAACAUUGACAUUUUUGAAGCUUUCGAUGAGCUAUUCCUCAUGAAGAGAGGAGGGCAAGAAAUUUAUGUUGGGCAAUUGGGCCACAAUUCCUGCCAUUUAAUUAAGUACUUUGAGUCCAUUCAUGGAGUGGGAAAAAUCAAGGAUGGAUACAACCCUGCAACAUGGAUGCUGGAAGUGUCAGCUUCAGCUCAAGAAAUAAUUUUAGGGGUCGAUUUCUCAGACAUAUAUAAGAACUCAGAUCUAUAUCAAAGGAACAAAGCAUUGAUAAGAGAACUAAGCACACCUUGCCCUAAUUCUAUGGACUUGGAUUUCCCAACUCAAUACCCGCAGAAUUUAUGGAAUCAAUUUUUGGCAUGCUUGUGGAAGCAACAUUGGUCUUAUUGGCGUAACACAUCAUAUAGUGCACUUAGAUUCCUCUACGUUACCAUCGUAGCAUUAAUUUUGGGAUCAAUAUUUUGGGACAUGGGUACUAAAAAGAGUACUAGACAAGAUUUGUUCAAUGCUAUGGGAUCUAUGUAUGCCGCAAUUCUCUUUAUUGGUGUGCAACAUGCUUCUGCAGUUCAGCCUGUGGUCGUGGUUGAACGUACAAUAUUCUAUAGGGAGAAAGCAGCCGGAAUGUAUUCUGCAUUUCCAUAUGCCAUUAGUCAAGUUGUUAUUGAAAUCCCGUAUAUAAUUUUACAAUCGGCUGUUUAUUGUGGGAUCGUUUACGCAAUGGUUGGGUUUGAAUGGACACCGGCUAAGUUUUUGUGGUAUUUUUUCAUGAUGUUCUUCUCAUUGUUAUACUUCACACUAUACGGGAUGAUGUGUGUGGCUGUAACCUCCAAUGAAGGCAUUGCUGCCAUUAUCUCUGUCUUCUUUUACACUAUGUGGAAUCUCUUCUCAGGGUUCAACGUGCCACGACCUAGCAUUCCUGUGUGGUGGAGAUGGUACGUCUGGGCAUGCCCAAUGUCAUGGACAUUAUAUGGGUUGGUGGUAUCCCAAUUUGGAGAUAUUGAAGAAAUAAUGAGCGAUUCCGAUCAAACAGUAAAACAGUUCCUCGAUGAUUACUUUGGAUUCAAGCAUAAUUUCCUUGGAGUGGUUGCAGCUGUCAUUGUUGCAUUACCUGUCAUUUUUGGGUUCAUUUUUGCCUUUGCCAUUAAAACUUUAAACUUCCAAACGAGAUAGUCGUGUUUGAUCUAAACAAUUAUAUAAAGAUUAUGUCACCUUUUCCCUAUUAUUAUUAUGUGUUGUUUAGAUGCCACAUAUAAGAUUAGUUGACCUCUCAUAUGUUGCCAUCAAAUGCUAUAUAUAAAUCUAAACCCAGAAGCAAAGAUUGAGA